UUCUCUCUUUACAACUAUCCCGUAUUAUUUAGUCUCCACUCCAUAAGCUUUUAUAGCAUUGAAAUUUCAAUUUUUCUAUUUGGGUUUUGAAUUUUGACCUUUCUUAAUUUUUUUUUAAUCUUGGGUGAUGCUUAUUUCUUCUCUUAAUCUAUAUAAUUUUGAGUGGUUUAUACGCUUUUUCCAUAAGCAUUAGAAUUUGUCAUGAACAUUAGAUUUUGAAGAGAAAACAUUUUCUCUCACAAAGUUCUUAAUCAGGUGCGAUCAUACCAGCAUUCUUCUUUCUUUGGCAUGCUUGCUAUUUAUCACACUACAAAUAGAUAGAACAAUGAGGAGAGUAAUUGAUGUUCUUUCACCAUCUACUUGUUAUCAUCAUCUUCAAAAUUCCAAUUGGUUGUUCCAAGAGAGUAAGGGAAUUAUUACCAAAUGGACUUUAGAAGAAAACAAAUUAUUUGAGAAUGCUUUAGCUUUAUAUGAUAAGGACACUCCUAACCGUUGGAUGAAGGUGGCAAAAAUGAUUCCAACUAAGACUAUUGGUGAUGUGAUGAAACAUUAUAGGGAUCUUGUAGAAGAUGUGAGUGUUAUUGAAUCAGGGUUGAUCCCUUUUCCUAUUUACUCUACUACUAGUUCUUUCACUUUGGAAUGGGUUAAAAAUCAAAACUUUGAUGAUUGCAACAAUUUUUUUAGUGUUAAUGGCAAAAGGGGUAUUUCCAAUAGGCUAUUAGAGUAUGAUAAGAAGAAAGGAGUUCCAUGGACUACAGAAGAACACAGGAAAUUUCUGAUGGGUCUAAAGAAAUAUGGUAAAGGAGAUUGGAAAAACAUAUCUCAUGAUUUUGUGACAACAAGGACACCAACACAAGUUGCAAGUCAUGCACAAAAAUAUUUCCUAAGGCAACUUAAUGGAGGGAAGGACAAAAAAAGAUCUAGUAUCCAUGACAUCACAAUGAUGAAUCUCAUAGAGACAAAAUCCCCUUCAUCGCAAAUUUACAAAACUACUUCUCAAUUGGUUAAACAAGAAUGUAACUUGAAAUUUUCAUAUGAAAAUGUGCCUAGUACUGUUUUCAAUUCAACAAAUGGGAACAUGUUCAUGACACCAUUAAUGUGUGAUGUUUCAUCAUAUGGAUCUAAACCACAAGACCAAUGUUUGCUUAGAGAUUCUCUUCAUGGAUGUCAAUUUGGACCUUAUGAUACUAUUAUGCAAAGGGAAUAACUGUUGUUACAUUAGUGAAGCUAUAUAUGCAUUUUUUUAGUAUAAGACAGAGUUCAGAGUUCUUAUAAGGUAGUAAAAUGUCAAACCUUUGUUUUGUUCAUGAUGUUGGAUUGUGUUGUAAAUUGUUAUUGAUGUUUAAUGUGAAUAUAUAUCAUAUGUAAUUUCCAAA